AAUAAAAAGACCUGCAGGCGACCAAGAUGGCGGACUGAACGUCUGUGGCUCGCUAAAGAAGUUUCACAUUUACGAUCUAACAUUUAUGUAGACUCGCAGAGGUUCGCCUUGUCUAAAACUCACGAAACUAAAGUCGAGUUUGGAGUGACGGAUUGAAGUGAAGUGAAGAUUGAAGACGUGAUAGAAGAUGGACGACUACUGCUACGCUAAGAUGGCGACGUCCGCUAAAAGAGAAAGUGAAAGAGAAUCAGCGCCACCAACGAAAGCUGCAGACAAAGAUGAGCGAGUUGAAGUUUCCAACAACGUCAUUUUGGAGGCUAUCUUAAGCCUUGGAAAGAGCGUCGAUGAGAAAUGUUCCGACUUUUUUAAACAAUUCAAUCAAAUAACCGCCAUGAUUGUUAGCUUGAAGAAGGCAGUGGAGUUCACAUCAGAGGAGAUGAAAGAAUGCAAAAGUCAAAUGAAGAAAGUGGAAGAGCAAAACAAGCGCUUGUGUAAAGAAAAUAAUGAUGUGAAAGAAGAGAUGUUGGGGAAGAGUAAGAGAUGUGAAGAGAAGACUGGACCACAUGUCUACAUCAACGUGCAGAGGAUUGGAGACGUCCAGCAGAUGAUUGGUCAUCCGGACGAACUUCCCCCUCAGUCGCACGGGGAGAGUUCCACUUUAAAGAAGGAGGCUUCCCAGCCCCACCACCCUAAAGGAGAAGAGGAGGAACUCUGGAUCACUCAGGAGGGAGAGUGUCUUCUAGGGACGCAGGAAGCUGAUCUCACCAAGUUGCCACUGACUGUUGUCUCUGUGAAGACUGAAGAUGAUGAAGAGAAACCACAAGUAGACAACCUCUUAGCUCCACUAUCAGAUAGAGAGGCUGGAGACGAGGUUGAAGUAACUUUGAGCAGCGAUACAGACUGUGAAGGUGAUAUGAGGACUCACGCUGACAACAAACACUCGGAAAGUUCUGAAAAGAAGAGAGGUAAAAAACGUUUAAGCUGCUCAGUUUGUGGCAAAAAAUUUGCCCGAAAGAGCCAUUUGGCUGAACACAUGGGAACACACACAGGCGAAAAAACGUUCAGUUGUCAAGUUUGUGGUAAAAGCUUUUCUCUCAAGACCUAUUUGACAAGACACAUGAUAAUGCACGCUGGAGAAAACCCAUUUAAUUGUUCAGUUUGCAGUAAACCUUUUUUUUCCCGGCUGGGUUUGACUCGACACAUAAUGAAACACACCGGAGAAAAACCUUUCAGUUGUUCCGUCUGCGGGAAACGCUUUUCUCAAAGGGGCCAUUUGACUGAACACACGAGAAUCCACACAGGAGAAAAACCAUACAAGUGUUCAAUUUGCGGCAGAAACUUUGCUCGCAGGAACGGUUUGACUGGCCACAUGAGAACGCACACUGGAGAAAAACCAUUUGUUUGUUCAGUUUGCGGUAAAGGCUUUUCCAUCAAGUCCUGCUUGAUAGGACACACGAAAACACACACGAGAGAAAAAACAAUUAAUUGUUGAGUUUGCGGUAAAGCUUUCUUUGCAGACAGUGACACGCGAUGUAGAAAAUAGCAUGCCUGUGUGGUGUAAGAAAGACACAAGAGAGAAAAAACAUUCACCUCUUUGUGUUAAAAGCUUUAAUCAAAUUAGCAUUUUGUCUGAUCAUGUACAGGGGGAAAACCCUUUUAGUUUCUUACUUUUUUUGGAGAGAAAAAAAAUGGUGCAACACAUAAUAAAACAGAUUGGACAAAAGUUCAGUUUGCAGUAAAAGAGUCUCUCUGCAAUAACUGAUGGUACAUAAAAAGGCACAUGAGUGAACCUGGUAUCAUACACUCAACAUUUCAACACUUUUUAGGUGACUUCUCACAUUACACUUUUAUGCUUUGAAGAUCUUUUAGCACAAACCUGACAACUGAAGGAUUAUAUUUUCCUGCGUGUUUCAGCAUGUGUCGGUCGGAUGAAACUUUGCGAGUGCUUUACCUCAAACCGACCAUCUAAAAGAUUGUUUUAAUUCCGCGUGCUAUUUAUUGUGUUACAGUACUUGCCUUCUGGGUUCAUCUCUUGGAGCAAAAUGUUUUUUUUUUUCUGUCAGAGUGAUUCUAAGAACAGCAGCUGCACAACUUUGAUUAGUUGAGAACAACAUGGGUGGGGUUUCCCUCACCUUCCUUUUGGAUCACAGAAGUAAUGAUCAUGAAAUUGUGUUUGUGUUGUGUCAAUGUUGUAUAGUAGUGUUGUACAUGCACACAAAGUGUAAGUCAAUGCUCAACAACACUUUCAUUUGUUUCGAUAUAGAAUUAAGGACUGUCAUGUGACACAAACAUAAGAUUAUUAAGGAGGCAAUGACAAUGUGGUGUCCUCUUUAGAGACAUAAUAUUUUUUUUAAAAAUUUUUCUUUGUAAAUAUCUGUGCUACAACUUUUUUUUAAAUAUACUUCAAAGAAAUUCUGAAUCCAGUUGAUACUACAAUUGCAUGCAAAUCUUAUGUAAUGAGAAGCCAAAUGAAUUAAAUAUGUUUUAAGGCCCCAUAUAAUAAUGUUUGAUAUAGUGAUGACUCAGUCAGUACUAGUGUUAGUGCAGCAGAGGGCGCCAGAGCAAUGAUGUAAUGCUGACUUAAUGGACAUGAGGGAUGUGUGUUGAAGCAACGUAAUUAGAUUAACCAAAAUAGCUGGAAAAAAAAGGAAUGUCACACCCUAGUUUGGGUUGCUCCUUAAAAAUGAAUGUUGAAUCUGAAAAAAAAACAGUUCUUGUGUGGAAUAAAAACUGUUGGAUUCUACCUGAGCUGCCCACCUACCGCUAGAAUCAGCAUGUGCCUCGUGUUUGACGAGUUGAUUUAAUUUGUAAGGUUUGCAGAGCAACUCUGAAGAACACUGGAUAUUUAGAAGGCCAAGCAUUUUGUUCUUUGUUAUGUAUAGAUUUUUUUUGCAUUAUUUUUCUAUCAUCCUGUCAAACA